ACUCCACCCUCCCAGUUUUGUUCACAGUGGACCUGGUCUGAGUGAGUCCAGACCAGCUUACAGCAGGACCUGCAGGAUCUGAUCAGACCAGGCGCUCAAACAUGGCCAAGUGCUCAGGAUGUGGACCGGGGUACCGCAGCCCGUUGGACGCCAUGAAGGGUCCUCGGGAGGAGAUCGUCUACCUGCCCUGCAUCUACCGCAACACCAGCACACUGAAACCCGACUACCUUGCCACCGUUGACGUCGACCCAAAAUCCCCCACCUUCUGCCAGGUCAUCCACCGUCUGCCAAUGCCGAACCUUCGUGACGAGCUGCAUCACUCUGGCUGGAAUGCUUGCAGCAGCUGCUUCGGCGACGCCUCCAAGAAAAGAAACCGUCUGAUUCUCCCAUCACUCAUCUCCUCCAGAGUCUACGUAGUCGACGUUGGGACAAAUCCCAGGGCACCACAGAUCCACAAAAUGGUGGAGCCUGUCGACCUGUACUGGAAGUGCGGCCUGGCAAACCCUCACACCACACACUGUCUGGGCAGCGGUCAGAUUAUGAUCAGCUGUAUAGGAGAUCCAUCUGGCAACGGCAAAGGUGGUUUCGCCCUGCUGGACGGUGAGACGUUCGAGGUGAUCGGUAACUGGGAGCAGCCAGGUGAAGCAGUACCCUUUGGAUAUGACUUCUGGUAUCAACCUCGACACAAUGUGAUGAUCAGCACUGAAUGGGGUGCACCCAAAGCUCUGGUUAAUGGUUUUAAUCCUGCCCAUGUCAAAGAGGGACUCUACGGCAGCUCCAUCCAUGUUUGGGACUGGACCACCCACAAGAAGCUGCAGACGCUCGAUCUGGGUGAGGAGGGUGCUAUUCCCCUCGAGAUCCGAUUCCUCCAUGACCCCGAUGCCACGGAGGGCUACGUGGGAUGUGCUCUGCGGGGAACAGUCUUCAGAUUCUACAAAACAAAAAAAGGUGACUGGGCUGCAGAGAAGGUGAUCAGUGUUCCCAGUAAGAAGGUCGAGGGAUGGGCACUGCCUGAGAUGCCUGGUUUGAUCACAGACAUCUUGAUCUCAUUGGACGACCGUUAUCUCUACUUCAGUAAUUGGCUCCACGGUGACAUCAGACAGUAUGACAUCACAGACAGGAGGAACCCAAGACUGGUCGGCCAGGUGUUUGUGGGAGGAUGUAUCGUCAGUGAUGGUCCAGUUAAAGUCCUGGAAGAUCCCGAGAAACAGCCGCAGCCCCACCCCCGCUUCAUCAAGGGGAAGCGUGUCCCUGGAGGUCCUCAGAUGCUGCAGUUGAGUUUAGACGGUCGGAGACUUUAUGUAACAACAUCUCUUUACAGCGGCUGGGACAAACAGUUCUACCCCGACAUGAUCAAAGAGGGCUCGGUGAUUAUGCAGAUCGAUGUGGACACCGCUAAUGGAGGUCUGACCCUGAAUGAAAACUUCCUGGUGGAUUUCGGUAAAGAACCCGACGGUCCAGUUCUCGCCCACGAGGUUCGAUAUCCUGGAGGAGACUGUACGUCCGACAUCUGGCUGUAGGAUCAUCAAGAGGGGAAAUGUAAAUACUCCCUGUCAGCAUCUGAAGUACAGUCAUCAUUCUAGACUGAUCGAUCAAUGCAGCCUCAGAAAUCACAUUUAAUCACUUCUAAAGGACGAAGUCAGAAAAUGAUGUUUCUGUAUUUAAUUUCAUAUUCAGACAAUAUUACACAAUCAAACUGUCUUUGUGGUUGAAGUGCUUUAUAGAUGAUUAGUACUCUGUUAUUAACUCGUCAAAUAUAAACUACAGGACAAUCUGCACACAAUUAAACACAAAUUUGAUUUAAAAAAACAAUAAAAACACAUAAAACAGGAGUCGACAACCUGCGUCUCUUCAGCUCCACUCCAGUGACCCAGCUGAGAAUCUUUAAUUAUUAUAUUAAUUCCAACUAUAACAACAGUUCAAACCCCAAACCUUUAGUGUGAUAUUAAUAUCAGUAAUAUAGUGUCAUAAUAUUCUUGACUCUGUAGUGUCAUCCUGUUAUCAUUCCUUCAGUGUCAUAUUACUAAAGUUGUGGCUUGCCAACUUUCCUCCUGCUGCGUGUGACGUUUCUAUGGAUACAGGUGACACAGGUGAAGUGAGCGUGACGAGAUAACAAACGGACCAAUCAGCUGUCAGCCUGAGACUCAGGGUGUUUCCUGUCAGUUGGUAAUGAUCCAUAUAUAUAUAUACAUAUAUAUGUAUGUAUACUCAUGUAUUUACAGUUAAUCCAUGAACCGACCAGUUUGACUGUAACUGACCUGCUGUGACCUCAGUCAUGUUCCUGUCCGCUGCAGCGCCCCCUGCUGCUCACUGUUAACUCGUGAUUGUUUAAUAAAGUUCUCUUUGAACAGU